UCACUCUGUGGGAGCACUUCCUUGUAGUUGUCAAUAGCGAAAGGAAAGCAAGGAGACAGCAGAAUCUAGCAAACAGCACAGACGGUUUGUGCGGAACGAAGGACUUUGUGAUAUGGGCUCUCAUUGAAGACACAUGUCCUGAACAUCUUGAACAUCCUGCCAUCACUAAUAUCUCCAUGUGUAUAAUCUUCUUCAAGUUUGACCCCAGGCCUGCAUCCAAAAACGCCUACAGGCUAAUUUUGGCUGCAAACCGAGAUGAAUUCUACAAUAGGCCAUCCAAGGCUGCAGACUUCUGGGGGCCCAACAAUGAGAUCCUUAGUGGACUUGACCAGGAGUAUGGAAAGGAAGGCGGAUCAUGGAUGGGCAUCAACAAGAGAGGCAAACUAGCCGCUAUUACAAACUACAUGGAGGGUCGUCAAAACCCAGAUGCACAAGGACGAGGUUUCCUAGUGUCCAACUACCUUACGGAGAACAAUGGAGACAGUUUCUCCUACUUAAAAAAGGUGUCAGCAGAGGGCCACUUGUACAAUGGAUUCAACCUUCUCACAGCAGAGUUCAGAGCCAAACAGGACACAGUGUGUUACUAUGGAAACAGAGGCAGCGCUGAACCCAUCCAUCUAAAACCAGCAGGAAUCUACGGCUUAAGUAACUCACUGUUGGAUACACCAUGGAAGAAGCUCCUUCAGGGAAAGCUCCAUUUCACUAAUGUGGUCAGUGACCAGUCUUUGUCCUGUGAUGGACUGGUGCAAGAGCUGCUCAAAGUCCUCAACAAUGAAGAAUUAAAUGCACCUGACCCAAUCCAAGAGCUUCAGGGCGAUGGCUACAGUACAGCUAUGAUCAAGGCCCUGUCGGCUGUGUGUGUCCGUUCCCCUCAUUAUGGCACAAGGACCAACACAAUCAUUUUGAUAGAUGCAGAAGGGAACGUCAAAUUCACCGAACGAACCAUGCUCAACUGUGACACAACAAAGUGGAGCACUAAUUCUUUCCACUUCAAGCUACAAUCAUGAAAAUUUAAAAAAGAAACUGCUUUGUGCCUUUGUGAAACUCUACAACUUCAUCUGUUGACCUCUACGACAGGCCAUUGAACAGACUCUCAGCACUUUUAUAGCUAGUUCCAUCUAGCUGCCUCAGCUUCAUGUAUUUCUUUUUUUAAUUUAAGUACUUAAGUAUUUAAGUAAAUACUACUGUUUAAGAGUUUUGCUUAUUUAAAAGCAUUGCCAAAGAACAGCAUUUUGUAGAGCAACAUUCUGUAACUUUGAAUCCAGGUAUGAUUGGUUUGGUCACUUUAAUUUAUCCAUUAUAUGCCAUUGUCUACAAACCAAACUACUACUUGAAAAAAACAAAAAAAACAAAA